GUGCGCGAAAGUGUCCGCGGCGAAGCGAGCGCACUUUGUGCAUCCAGUCCAGUCGGUUCAUGGCGGCGAAGCGGUGCCGGCGGCGCGCGGUCGCCCCCAGCAGACAUCGGGCUUGAUGAGCGAACGAACCGGCGGCCGAGUUGUUCGAGAGGGAGCGGUCGGUGCGGCUCCGCUGAAGUCGCCAGGAUCGCCCGUAAUAAGUGACAUUUGCGUGACCCCGGUUGCCCCCACGUUCCCCAUGUCGCAUGUGUUCGCCGAGCGCUCAGCCUAACUAACGUGACGGACGGAGUCGCUCAUUCGACGACGGUAACUCGCGGACCGGAUCAUCUGUCAUGGCUGAGCACCUGUCCCAGAGCGAACUGGAUUACCCCUUCAAGCUGCUCGAAUACAUCAAUGGAUUCCGAGUGUCACAGGUGAUUUUCUCUGCGUGUGACCUGGGGGUCUUUGACCUCUUCCUGAGGUCUCCGACGCCUCUGAGCGCCGAGGCCGUCGCACGGGAGCUGGGCGCCAGCGAAGGAGGGACCGAGAGGUUGCUGGACGUCUUGGCUGGGUUCCACAUCCUGGAAGUAGAAGUCGUUGAGGGAAAAGCACUGUACAGCGGCACCGAUGUGUCCAACCUCUACCUGUCCAAGGCCGGCGCCAAGUCCCUCUAUGACAUGAUUGUCUACUUCUCCCAGACCAUCUACCCACUCUGGGGAAGUCUGGCAGAUGCCAUCAGGGAAAGGAAGAACGAACAUGAGACAAACAUUGAAUCCGAAGACCUUUUCAAGGCCGCAUACAGAUCAGAUGAGGAGAUGCUGAAGUUCAUGGGAUUUAUGAACUCCACCUGGGUCAUUGAUGGGCAUGAUGUUGUGACUGCAUUUGACCUUUCACCUUUUAACACAAUAAUUAUCCUUGGAGGGUGCUCAGGGGCACUGGCCCGGGAAGUGACCCGGGAAUAUCCUGCUGCCACCGUCACAGUACUGGAUUCAUCAGCGGUGCUGCAGGCUGCUAGGGAGCACUUCUUACAAGCAGAUGACACCAUCCAGUUCCAGGAGGGGGAUUUCUGUGCUGGAGAGAUUCCGCCAGCAGACCUCUAUGUUCUGCCAAGGAUUAUCCACGACUGGAAGGAGGACAUGGUUGUGCAGUUACUACAGAAGAUCCAUGGAAGCUGCAAACCAGGUGGGGGUAUCUUGAUUGUUGAAGCACUGCUAUUUGAGAACAAGCGUGGUCCUGUUACAACUCAGAUCUUCUCCCUGAACAUGCUGGUGCAGACAGGCGGUCAGGAGCACCCACCUUCUCACUACUGCCGCAUGAUGGCUACUGCAGGCUUCCACGGUGUGCAAGUACGCAGGACUGGCAAAUGUUACGAUGCGAUCCUGGGGAUCAAGUGAGCUGUCCUGGGCAGACGCUGCAGUACUAGAGUUCCAGUAAAGCACAAAGCUUGCCCCUAGCAAGGAUGAACAUUGUUUCCAACUGGUCCUACAGGUUCUCCUCUGCUCCACUGUUCCCCAGGCAGUGCUCCUCGCAGGUGACCCCUGAGGCAUGUUUACUUACACUUCUCUGGCUCCUAGUGAGUGUUCAAUCUCUACAGGUUGUAGAGAUUGCCAUCAUCCCUCUGCAUGUUCCUCUCUAGUCCUUUAGUUCUGACAUCAUGCUGAGGAAAUAAAAGUAAACCAGACACCUUUGUGUGCAGUACACUGCUCCUUUAUAAAAUUUGUAUCUGAAAUUAUUCACCCACUAAUUGAGAAAGUGUUUAUAUACCUUGUGUUUCCCAA